CUAGGGUUUUACUUGUGGCUUAACGAGUUUAGCGGAUAAAUAAGCUUAUUCAUAUAGUCUGUUUACCUCGGGCUUAAUCGCUCAAAAAUGGGCUUAUUCACCCGUACGAAAGAAGGAGGUUGUCGAGGUUAAGCCGGCCAAAAACUACCCUAGCCUUCCUUAUCUUAUAGUGCGUCUCCAAGAAACACCCCGCCUCUUCUCCUCCAUCGAUCGACAGCCCUAAUCGCACAUCUCUUCUCCAUCGAUCCAAACUGUUUACAGAACCCUAAUCGAAGGCCUCUCUCCUCCAUCGAUCGACAGCCCUCUUAUCCAUCGCUCACGACCCUCUUCUCCUCCAUCGAUCGACAGGUUCUUCUCCAUUGCUCACGACCCUCUUCUCCUCCAUCGAUUGACAGGUUCUUCUCCAUCACUCACGGCCCUCUUCUCCUAAUCGGACUGUGCUCUGCCGUUUCAGUGGCCAUAUGAUAUAUCCUGGCAAGGGCAUUAGAUUUAUUCAGUCUGAUUCUCAGGUCUUCUUGUUUGCAAAUUCUAAAUGCAAGAGGGAGUUACAAAAUAGGCUCAAGUCCUCAAAGCUUACAUUGAUUCACUGCUUUCUUCGCGAUUUUUCACAAUCAACAUCAAUACCUAGAAAGCAACAACGAGUCCGAGAUCAUGGAUAUGAUAACUACAUGGAAAUCGAGAAAAAAAUGCGCAAAGUCCUUAAAGUUCAAGAAUUAAUCCUCUCUCAGCCCAACUCUAUGGUCGCAUCUGCUCGUCUUGACAAUCUUUCUCGCCGACUCGGCUUCAAACAAUUCGAAGCUGGGCGUUUCGUUCUCAAAUUUCCACAUAUUUUUGAUGUUUUCGAACACCCAGUUCAAAGAAUUCUUUAUUGCAGGCUUACAAGAAAAGCCCUGAUCCAAAUUCAACAGGAAAAUGAAGCUGUUAUUGAUCAAAUCAGCGAUGCCGUGACCAGGCUGAGGAAGCUUCUGAUGCUGUCUAAUACUGGACGGCUGGGGCUUGAGCAUGUUCGGAUUGCAAGGAGAGAGUUUGGAUUCCCGGAGGACUUCGAGUUUUCGGUAAUUCUGAAACACCCACAAUUUUUCAGAUUGUUUGAAGAUAAAGGAAGUAGGAGUAAGUACAUUGAGAUAGUAGAGAGAGAUCCAGUUCUAGGUGUUUGUGCUAUAGAGAAAAUUAGGGAGAAGGAAUACAGAGAAAAGGGUGGAGAUGCUGAAAACAUUCGAUUUUCAUUUAUCGUCAAUUUCCCACCUGGGUUCAAGAUUGGGAAGUAUUACAAGAUUGCUGUUUGGAAAUGGCAAAGGCUUCCUUAUUGGUCGCCAUAUGAAGAUGUAUCUGGCUAUGACAUGAGAUCGCUUGAGGCCCAGAACAGAAUGGACAAGAGAGCAAUUGCAAUGAUUCAUGAAAUUGUGUCUUUAACAGUAGAAAAGAAGAUAAGUUUGGAGAGGAUUGCUCAUUUUAGGAUUACUAUGAAUUUGCCGAAAAAGCUUAAAGAUUUUCUUCUUCAGCAUCAGGGUAUAUUUUAUAUUUCUACCAGGGGAAAUUAUGGGAAGCUUCAUACGAUUUUUCUUAGAGAGGCUUAUAACAAGGGUGAAUUGAUUGAGCCAAAUGAGCUGUAUUUGGCUAGGAGGCAAUUGGCUAAGUUGAUCACAUUGAGGAGACCCAAUAUGGAUCAUGAGCUUGUUUAUCAUAGGAGGGAAAGGGUGGCUAAUCAUAUGGACAGGAUCGAUGUCAAAAAUAUUUCUGAAAAGUCUUGGACCGAGGACAAUAUCAGCAACAACGGACAGGGGAACUUAGAAGGUUCAGAUUCUAAUGUGGAAAGUGAUGGUGAGACUGACGAAGAAGAUGAUUGCCAUGGAAGUGCAGAGAUUGAGGAAAACAAACUGAUUGAUUGAUUUCUUAAUGGCAGUUGAUAAAUUUUGUGAACCAAAGCUUCACUUAUUUUUCACCAAAUCUAUCAACCAAAUCAUAGUCUAGACGGCAUUGCAUUGGAUGUAGUACCAGGCUUUGAGUCAUAAGGGGACUAGAUUAACCUUGGAAGAAUAUUAGCAUGUCUUGAAAGUUGGAAUUUUGCUGCAAGUACCUCAUUCCUGGAAAUGUUGAUGAGAUCCUGCACCUGGAGGAUAUGUAAGUUAUCUGAAGUGCAAUAUUCAAGGAUAUGUGAAGUUUGAGAUCAUGUUUUAUGAAGAAAAUACAUCUCAGCUUGUAUAUGUUUUCAAUGUUGAGCCAGGCUUACAUAGGGACACGCUCAUACGCCAGGUCCAACCGUUUACGUUCUCAAGGUGGAAAGAUGAUGAUUCAAGGAGGCCGUACAUGCUCUCGAGGUGUGUCUACGACCUUGUAAGUUGUAAUUAACAUAUUAAGGUUCAUUCUCUUGCUCUGCAUCUUUGUAAGUCAUUGGCUCUCUCCAUCUCUCGAUCGAUUUCUUCAUAUCAGAUUCAACAUUUGGUCCUGGUAAGAUAUCAAUGAAAUUGUACAGAUCAUGGAGACAUCGUUAUUGCUUCUUGAAGAAUUUUUUUUUUAAUUUUUAUCGAAUUUUUUGAGGAAUUUCUUUUAUUUCUUAUGGAAAAUCUUGAAGAACUCCAUAAAUUUAGGAUUUGGUUUUCUACUGGGGUUCUUUCCAUGGUGUAUUUGCAUCAGGUUUUGUUGAAGAAUAGAAAAUCAACGAAAUGAUGCUUUUCUUUUAAUAGUUUCAGAUAGACGUGAACUUUGAGUAUAUAUUUUUUUUCAUGAGUACUUUAGUAACAUUGCGUCGAUUAGUCUUGCUACCAAGUGACAUAAGUUAUCUUCUUGCUUGAACUUCUUUUUUGGAGAUUAGUUUUUUUUUUUGUAUUUUGUAUUUUUUAUUGUUUUGCGUUUUUGUUUAAUUUUCCUCCUUUCUGCAAUAGGAUGGAUAUCCAUGUCGUCCUGGAAAAUUUAGACCCAAGUUCACGGUCAGCUUUGAAUGAGAGUUACUGCUCUAUAUACUUAGCGGUUUGAAUAGGAGGGAAGCCAGAUUCUCACACAGUGCAGAACUCUUGGAAAGUGGCUUGGUAGGAGGCAAAUUCGAUGCAAUUGGGUGGCAAAGGUUGCUGCUUAAGACGACAAACAGAGGUUCGAUGACAAGAGUGUUUUUUAAAUAUCAUGUUAGCUCAUUAGAAAUUUAUUUACAAAAUUGAGAUUCUGGUAAGAAUUAAAAGAACAUACGAAGCAAAUGAAGAAAAUCAGACAAGGUCAUGGAAAAAGAAAUGAGGACAGGAUUACCUACAAAGAAAGGAGCUUCAUCUUAUGAGCAAAUGAUUAAGAUGGAGAAGAGCCUGAUACAGAGAGGAGAGGAACUCUUGAGAGAUAAACACGAGAGGAGAGGAAUUCUGAGAAAGUAUGGCUGUAACAAGGACAUGUUCGUUCAAUCCGCCAUUCCAAAGUUUGAUGGCUUCUACGAGCACUGGCCGAAAUUAAUAGAGAAUUUUCUGCGAUUCAAAGAGUAUUGGAGUAUGGUUGAAGAAGGGAUUCCUGCUCCUCCACAAGGAAGAGAGCUAACUGCAGGAGAGGCUAAGGUGAUUGCUGAUAAUCAGUUGAAAGAUAAGAAAGUGAAGAACUACCUUUAUCAAGCCAUUGAUAGAGAGAUUAUGGAGGCGAUCCUGAAUGAUGGAACUUCAAAGCAGAUUUGGGAUUCUAUGAAGCAGAAGUACAAAGACUCAACACGGGAUAAAAGAGCGCAACUUCAAGGAUUGAAGACUGAAUUCGAGAUGCUGAGGAUGAAAGGAGAAACAAUUAAUGUUUAUUUUGGAAGUGUCUUAUCCGUAGCAAAAAGGAUGAAGAAUAUUGAGAGGCUAUCAAAGAAAGUGAUAUCAUAAGAAAAAUUACGAGGUCCCUUGUUCCGAGGUUUGACUAUGUCGUAUGUUCCAUAGAAGAGUCCAGCAACACAGAAACUUUGACCGUAGACGAGCUUCAAAGCAGCCUCCUGAUUCAUGAGCAGAUAAUGAAGGGACUGGUCGAGGAAGAACAAGCAUUGAAAGUAUCUUCUGAGGGACGAAGGGGAAAGAGCCAGAGGCGUGUCACGAAGAGGAGGAAGGGGCAGAUGGCGACAACAAUUCAACAAAGCCUUAGUAGAGUGCUACAGGUGUCACAAUCUAGGGCACUUUCAAUACGAGUGUCCCAACGGAGAGAAGCAAGCACACUAUGCAGAAUUCAUUGACCAAGAAGAGAUGCUGUUAAUGGCGCACACCGAUUUAAGUCAACAAAAGAAAGGAGUAUGGUUUCUUGAUUCGGGAUGCUCGAAUCACAUGACCAGUAAGGAGUGGUUUGUGCAACUAGAUGAAACUUUCAGGCAUUCAGUAAAACUUGGAAACGACUCUAGGAUAGACGUGAUGGGAAAAGGGAACAUCGUUAUUGAAUUCAAGGGGAAGACUCAAACGGUAACUGAUGUGUUUUUUGUUCCUGAGUUAUGCAACAAUUUGCUUAGUAUGGGUCUGCUUCAGGACAGAGGCAUAACUAUUCUGAUGGCUGAUGGAGUGUGCAAGUUGUACCAUUCAAAAAGAGUUUGUAUUAUAGGAAGUGUCAUGAGAGCAAAUCGAAUGUUCGCUAUUGAUACCAAUAUUCUUAUUAGCGAGUCUGCUUGUUUUAAUGCUAACACUACAGAAGCAAGUGAGUUUUGGCACAGGAGGUUAGGACAUCUAAGUUACAAGAAUCUGACAAUUCUUAGUAACAAGAAUCUGGUUGGUAGAAACGCCAACAUUCAAGAGCCCAGCAAAGGUUUGUGCAGGUUGUAUGGUUGGAAAACAGAAUCGGGUAUCUUCUUCAAAGAAGAGCACAUGGAGAGCAACAAGACAGUUGCAGUUGGUACACUCAGACCUCUGUGGACCAAUCACCCCGGAAUCGCAUGGAAGUAAGAGAUAUAUACUGACAUUUACAGACGACUUCACUCGCGAGAUAUGGGUUUACUUUUUAAGUGAAAAAAGUGAAACCCUUGCAGUUUUUAAAGUUUUCAAAAGUAUGGUGGAAAAGGAGUCUGGCCUUCAAAUAUGCAGUUUGAGAACUGGUAGGGGAGGGCAGUUCAACUCCAAGGAAUUUUCGGAGUUCUGCACUAUACAAGGCAUAAAGAGGCAACUAACCACAUCAUACACGCCACUACAGAAUGGGGUAGCCGAGCGUAAGAAUCGCACAAUUCUUAACAUGGUACGUUGCCUUCUUGAAGAAAAGAAAAUGCCAAAGGCCCUUCUGGCCCGAAGCAGCAAAAUGGACAUGUCACAUUAUCAAUAGAAGUCCUACAUCGGCAGUAAAGGACAAGACCCCAUAGGGGUGUUGGAGUGGUUUAAAACCCAAUGUUGAGUACGUUAGGAUCUUUGGCUGCCUGGGGAAUAUGCAUGUGCCAGAAGAAAAGAGGUUGAAAUCGAGAACAAUCAUAUAAAAUGAAAAAAAUUUGAAACCCUAAAAUCUCCAACAUGGACUUAUCAAUUAAAAUUUUAAACAAAAUUCAAAACCUCAUCCCUCAAGGACACCAUUGUUUACGCAUCUUGGUUAUACUUCUGCAUCUGAAUAUGGGUUUGAAGUAGACUUGCAUUUAAAUAUGGGUUCUUAACUAGCCUUGCAUCUGGAUUCAAACUCGCAACAUUCUUAUAAACUAUGGAACCCAACGGAGUGAACGGCAUGUGCUUGUACUGAGAGCUUAAUGUUUUCAAUUUGGCAACUGAAUAAUUCGAUAAAUCCCGAAAUUUAUAUUUUAAUAAUAACAACGGAAUUACGGGUGUGACGGACAUGUAUUUUCACUUUGAUAUUGCAAUAUAAUUGUAUAUGUGUGAGUUGAUCUAACAACUUCUUGCUUAGAAAAACAAAAAAAAUGAAAUACAUGUAUAAAUCUUGUA